GUGGGACGCCACGCGUGCGCAGACGCUCGGUGCGGAGCCCGGCCGGAAGCCAAGAUGGCGUGUAAGUGGUCUACAGGCUGCAGUUGGCGAUCUAUCAGUAACUGAGCCGGGUGUUUUGGAAGCGGCUGUGACACAUGCCCUGACUGCCGCCAUGGCCCGACAUCGCAAUGUCCGGGGCUAUAACUACGAUGAAGAUUUUGAAGAUGAUGAUCUCUAUGGCCAGUCUGUAGAGGAUGAUUAUUGUAUUUCUCCAUCAACAGCGGCUCAGUUUAUUUACUCACGACGUGACAAACCUGUGGACUAUGAUUAUGAAGAACUGAAAGACUCUCCCAAUUCUCAUUUGAACCACCAGCUAAGUGAAAUUGACCAAGCUCGUCUUUAUUCAUGCCUUGAUCACAUGAGAGAGGUACUGGGAGAUGCUGUGUCAGAUGAAAUACUGAUUGAAGCAAUUUUGAAGAACAAGUUUGAUGUGCAGAAGGCCUUGUCCAUGGUUCUGGAACAAGAUAAUGUACAGAAGUUGAAGGACAAGAGUGAAAAAGCAGUAGCCACAGGGAAGAUAGCAAAAGGAAAAUCAGUAGGAUCUCAGUCAUCUCGAAGUGAAUCUGAAAUUGUGCCAAAAGUAGCUAAAAUGACUGUUUCUGGAAAGAAGCAAACUAUGGGAUUUGAAGUGCCUGGAGAAAAUGGUCAUGGUCUCCACACACCUCAGAAAGGACCUCCUGGUGAAGAUAACAGCAUCAUUUCUUCUGACAGUCUUGACACCGUCUCUAAGUCAGCUCUUCCACCCCACUCCAUUCAAGUGUCCGAAGAGCAGAGCGCAACGCCGACGUCAGUGAAAAAGUCUGGCAAGCUGAAGCAGCAGAUUGAUGUGAAAGUGGAAUUGGAGAAGCGGCAAGGCGGGAAGCAGCUCCUCAACCUAGUGGUCAUUGGUCACGUUGAUGCGGGGAAAAGCACUCUGAUGGGCCAUUUGCUUUAUCUUCUGGGUAAUGUGAACAAAAGAACUAUGCAUAAAUAUGAACAGGAGUCUAAAAAGGCUGGCAAAGCUUCGUUUGCAUAUGCAUGGGUCUUGGACGAAACGGGUGAAGAAAGGGAAAGGGGAGUGACAAUGGAUGUUGGCAUGACAAAGUUUGAAACUGCAACCAAAGUUAUUACAUUAAUGGAUGCUCCAGGCCAUAAAGAUUUUAUUCCAAAUAUGAUUACGGGAGCAGCCCAGGCAGAUGUAGCUGUCUUAGUUGUUGAUGCCAGCAGGGGAGAAUUUGAAGCUGGAUUUGAGACUGGAGGACAAACUCGAGAGCAUGGCCUCUUGGUCCGAUCUCUUGGAGUGACACAACUUGCAGUUGCAGUCAAUAAAAUGGAUCAGGUUAAUUGGCAACAAGAAAGAUUUCAAGAGAUUACUGGAAAACUUGGACAAUUUCUUAAGCAAGCAGGUUUUAAGGAAAGUGAUGUGGCUUUUAUUCCUACAAGUGGUCUCAGUGGUGAAAAUCUAAUCACAAGAUCUCAAUCUAGUGAGCUCACGAAAUGGUAUAAAGGACUAUGUUUAUUAGAACAAAUUGAUUCCUUCAGGCCUCCUCAAAGAUCUAUUGACAAGCCUUUUAGAUUAUGUGUGUCAGAUGUCUUCAAAGAUCAGGGAUCUGGAUUUUGUGUGACUGGUAAAAUUGAAGCUGGCUAUAUUCAGACUGGUGACCGACUGUUGGCAAUGCCUCCUAAUGAAACUUGUACUGCAAAAGGAAUCACUCUUCAUGAUGAACCCGUCGAUUGGGCAGCGGCAGGCGAUCAUGUUAGUCUUACUUUGGUUGGGAUGGAUAUCAUCAAAAUCAAUGUUGGCUGCAUAUUUUGUGGCCCCAAAGAACCCAUUAAAGCUUGUACUCGUUUUAGAGCCCGAAUCCUCAUCUUUAAUAUUGAAGUUCCUAUCACUAAAGGAUUUCCUGUGCUGUUACACUACCAGACUGUCAGUGAACCUGCUGUUAUUAAACGACUGAUUAGUGUCUUAAGCAAAAGCACGGGUGAAGUCAUGAAGAAAAAGCCUAAGUUAUUGACUAAAGGCCAGAAUGCAUUGGUGGAGCUACAAACACAAAGACCAGUAGCCCUUGAGCUUUACAAAGACUUCAAGGAGCUGGGGAGGUUCAUGCUGCGUUACAGCGGUUCUACAAUUGCUGCUGGUGUUGUCACUGAGAUAAAAGAAUGAUGAACCAAAAUUUCUACCAUGCUUCCAAAUGCAGUGGAGUAGUGAAUGGCUGGGUUUGUUGUGUUGCUGUUGUUUUGUUUUUAAGGAAUCCAAUUAUGCAAUUAGGAAACAAUGUGCAGCUGAUAUAUUUAUUUUUACAUGACAAAGUUAAAGCUAUAGUUAGCUGCCAAGAAGUGUUCAUAAUCACUCCUGGAAAAAUUUCAAGUUGCCAACUGACAAAGAAGGGCUAAUACUGCACUUUCAUUUAAGAUGAAUCUUUCUCUUUGGAAUGGUAGUAAGUGAAUUUAUUUGCUGAAACUUAUGGAAAGCAUCAGAAAUGAUACUAGAAGGCCAUUUAAAUCAUCAUGAAAUGGACUGCAGUCAAACCACACAAUAUUUGCAGGUUUCUCUUUUCAUUCGACUGUUCUGCAUAUGUUUUACGGGAAGGUAACUGAAUUGGGCUUUUGGAGUAGGCGAUGGUUGGCCUGGGCACUUUUUUUUUUUGUUAACUCUAGGAACAGACUUUCUGAAGGUUAUAAUAAAGAUAUUCUGUGUUGAGCAUAAAAAUGCCUUUGUCCAUCAAGUCAUUUUUGAAAGCAUAAUUUGGAAUUAUGGAAGCUGUCUCUUUAGUAA